AACACAAACUUGUGUUUCAUAAAAACAUGCACCCCACAAAUUGAAGAGCUCCAUGAGGUUUCUAAAAUUAGAAAGACCACAAACAAAAAAAUGGGACGAAACAAACACAAAAAACGAUCAAAAAAACAAAUUCUUGCCAUUCAACCAAUCAAGAAUGCAUUCUUUUUUCCCAAAAAUAUGUUUUAGAAAUUUCCCACUAAUAUCUUUAAGAAAAGUGGGUUUUUAUUGUUUUUAUAGGCUUGUAUAGAUUCAAACCAUGCAUAAUCCCUUGAUUAAUCUCUGGUAAAAUCCAAAGAAAAGCAGAACUUGUAAGAAAAUGGCCGAAGAAGAGAAAACAUCGGAAGUCCCUGAGAAAGAAACGAUGGUUGUGGAACAAUCUGCAGAUGUUAAAUCGACCGAAAGCACAUCAGAUUUAGAAAACAGUACAAAACCAGAAACCGCUAAGGAAAAGCCAAAAACGGAUCUAGAACAGAUGAGAGAAAAGUUUUCUAAGCUGCUUUUAGGAGAGGAUAUGUCAGGUGGAGGAAAGGGUGUUUCAUCAGCUUUGGCUCUAACGAAUGCCAUUACAAAUCUUGCUGCUUCGGUGUUCGGGGAACAACAUAAACUAGGACCAAUGAAAGAAGAUUCAAAAAAGAGGUGGAGAAAAGAAGUAGAUUGGCUACUAUCGAUCACCGAUCAUAUCGUCGAGUUUGUUCCCGUUCAACACACAGCAAGAGAUGGAUCAAAUAUGGAGAUUAUGGUGACGAAACAAAGAAAAGAUCUUCUCAUGAACAUUCCUGCUCUAAAAAAGCUUGACAAGAUGCUCACUGAUUGUUUAGACAAUUUCAAGGAUCAAAAAGAAUUCUGGUAUGUAUCUAAAGAUGCGAAUGAAUCAGAAAAAGGAGUGCAAAGAAACGAUAAAUGGUGGCUACCAACGGUGAAGGUUCCUCCGGGAGGGUUGUCGGAAGAAUCAAGAAAAUGGAUGCAGAAGCAAAAAGAUUGCGCGAAUCAAGUUCUGAAAGCUUCCAUGGCUAUAAAUGCUGAAGUUCUUGGAGAAAUGGAGAUUCCUGAGAAUUAUAUCGAAACUCUCCCUAAGACCGAAAGCAUCUAUGAUCGAUUUCCAUUCUUGCAGACGUUAGCUUCAAUGUUUCAGUGGUUAGCUUCAUGGGUUGUACACCGUGUAUGUACACAUGGUACUCUUCCUUUCUAUUCCCUACUUGGUUUUAGUGUUAACAAAAACGAUUUGACUAAGAAUGCUCGAGAUAGCCUGGGUGAUGUGACUUAUAAGAGCCUUACAGUCGAGUUCUUCGACCCAGGGCAAUUCCUAGCAUCUGUGGACUUGUCAUCAGAACAUAAAAUACUUGAUCUAAAGAACAAAAUGGAAGCUUCGGUGGUCAUAUGGAAGAGAAAAAUGCAUCAAAAAGAGUCAAGAUCUUCAUGGGGUGCAUCUGCAAAAAUGGAAAGGAGGGAACUUUUCGAAGAGAGAGCUGAAACUAUUUUAAUCCUUAUCAAACAACGCUUCCCGGGACUUCCUCAAUCGUCACUAGACAUCUGCAAAAUCGAGUCGAAUAGAGAUGUCGGCCUUGCGGUUUUGGAGAGCUAUUCACGGGUAUUAGAGAGUUUGGCGAACACGGUGAUGAACCGUAUAGAGGAUGUACUUUAUGCAGAUGACUUGGCACAAAAUUCAUCGGAAAACAACACGAAAUCAUCACCAUCAGAUCAAACUCAGGGGAACAAAACUCCGAACGGAACACCUACGACAAUAUCGGAUAUCAUGGGGUGGGGGUCAGAUCAAGGAGAAAAUGAGAUAACAGAAGAGUUUUUAGAUAACAAAUUGAUGGGGGAAACAACCAAUGAUAUGUUUACAAGAAAACCUACAAGCAUUUUGACCAAUCAUAUAUGGAAAAGCUAGCGGUUGACAUAUAUUAAGAAGCUGGAAAUCACGUCAAUAGUCACAUUGGAAACAAGGAAAGAUUGGACAAAAGAUGAAUACUAGGAAUACAAGAGGAUUAUGCAUUUAUGCCCGUUAAACGCGAAAAUAUUUGCAAUGACUCAAAAAGAGUAUAUUCGCUCAUGAAAAACUCUUUUCCUUCAUACUUGAAUCAGAAGGACGAGUUUGUGGAUAUUAACUUUAGUUAUGUUGUUUCUUAGAACAUAUUAACAUCUCCCGAUGUGCUUGUUGUAUACUGAGUAGGUUAUACAAAUAUUAUAGUUCCAUGUAGAUGGGGAACAAAACUUUUCAAUGUCUAAUAUACCAACACAUAAUGAGGUUGUAAAGAGCUGGAAAAAUAAGUUGGGUUCCCACCAUACAUAUAUAAAAACCAUGGCAG